UCUCUAUACCUCCCCAUUCUUCUUUCUCUCUCCUCUUAUUCUCACUUUUCCCCUUCCACUGCCCUAUUUCCCCCUCCCCCUGCCCCUCCUCCGCCUCUUUCCCUCUCAUGAGAAAUUUUACAGAUACCUGCAGCCUGAAUAGAGACACACACAGAGAAGAGAAGUAUUGGGAAUAUAAAGAGUUGUUGAAUGAAAAAGCAAGAGAAAGGAGUAAGGGAUAAAGAGACUGAAAAAGCGAAGGAGGGAAGGAGAGCAAAUCUUGUAUCUCAGUGGAAGGAUGCUGGGUCCUGUUUUGCAGCUGCCUGCUGUUCCUCUCCAGAGCUUGUCAGAGCUGGAAAGAUUCCAACUGCAGGAGAUCGCUCUUUACCGACUGCGAGAGCAUGGAGGGUGUCAUGACAUCACAGCAGAUCCAAAGAAGAGAAAGAUUACAAAGAGGAGACAAGAUAAAAAAGAUGCCCCCUCUGGCCUGUUUGGGGUUCCCCUAUCAGAUGUCAUUGCUCAAGACCGUGUGGAGAAGCAACGUAUCUCUGUUGUACGGAGCCGCAGAGGCUUUGAAGAGGUGGAGAGUACUGUACUUACUUUCCGGGUGCAUAGCCAGCGCUCUUCCCACCGAGGUGCAUCACUGGAAGUGCCACUCAUACCCACCAUGAAUGACAGCAUGACAAGGGCAAGGAGGAGGGGGGCCUUGUCUGUUGAUUCAAUCACAGAAUUGGAUGAUGGAGAUGCUCGGCUCCUGGAGGCUUUGCAUUUAUCACAUCCAGACGAGUUAAGGAGUCAAAGAGACGAGCACAUCUCAUGGCUCAGUCUGAAUCCGAUCUACAAACAAGUGCCGCGGAUUGUUGAGAGAUGUUCCUCUCACAUAGAGACCUUUGGACUUCACACUGUUGGAAUUUUUCGCAUUGGGAGCUCAAAAAAAAGAGUUGCACAACUGCGUGAGGAAUUUGCUGCAACUGGUGAUGUGUUCCUUGGGGAAGAGACAUGUGUGCAUGAUGUUUCUGCUUUGUUCAAAGGAUUUCUGAGAGAACUGCCUAAUCCAGUGUUACCCCGUGAGCUCUACCCUGUGUUCAUACAGAGUGCUGGGUUGGAGCUCACAGAGAGGCUGCGUACUCUGCAGCAACUUAUAUUUGCAAUGCCGCCAUGUAAUGCUGACACAUUGCUUCGCAUUCUGCAGCUCCUGCACAAGGUUUCUCUACAUGCAGAAGACUCUGUUAGCGCAACAGGAGAGAAGGUGUCUGGUAAUAAGAUGUCAGUCUAUAAUCUUGCCGCUAUAUUUGGACCAAACUUAUUGCAAAGUGAAGAUGCACAGUGUAUGCAGGACAGUGCAGCGCAGAUCAUGGUUACAGAAACCUUAAUACAGCAUUAUCAGGAGCUCUAUACAGUUCCCUCUAACACACAUAGUGACUUACUGAUCAGUUUGAUGAAGCUUGAUCCAGAAGUAACAGAUUAUUUAUUACGACGGAAACUCUCUGGUGCCAAGGUUUCACUUGAUUCUCUUCUAUUGGAAUUGGGCUUGGGCUGUCCGGUUUUUUCCCACCGACCAUUGGAAAGCUUUAUGAAUUUUCAGGAUUCAUCUUCUCAGUUAUCUCGCCGCCGUCCAUCUCGUUCUCAAGAGAAUUUGUUUCAAUGCACUCCUCCGGAGCCCCCUCCAAAAUCCCAGCUACUGCCACGACCACGCUUCCUGCCUCUCUUUACCAGGUCUUCCUCUUCCAAUUCUCAAAAAAGUCCCAGCUCCCCUUCCCCAGUGACUUUAUCACCAUCUACACCCUCAGUUUUCUCAAAUGUCAUUAGAAAGUGGGAAGGUUUGGGUGAAAUUGGAGGAGGACACCCUACAUAACCAAAACUGAAAGACUUGCACAAUGAGUUUUGCUGGAUGGCUAAUAUGCUACAGGUUGCUUUAUAUAACCCUAGCCAUUUAUUGCUCAAUAUAUUGCUCAUUACAUCACUUGUCAGCACUUAAUGGACCAUUAAUUCAGGGGUCUACAAUUUGAUCAAAAGCUAAUUUCAUGACCAAUUAGUUGCAUGCUAGUUGCUUACCAGUUGUCUACAUGUGGUCACCGUCUUAAUCUGACAGUAUCUGUUCACUAUUCAAUCAUGACCCAACAUUUCAGGGCAGCUUUACCAACAUAAUAGUUAAAUUUCUAAAAUAUGGUUUUGGAAAUCAUUGUAACAUGCAGAUAUAUUUGUAGCUGCCGGCAUGACUUAAUGUUUCUUUGGAUACCUAAAUAAUUAAAAAAAAAUAUUUUAUAAAGUUUUUAUAAUAAAAGUUAUUCUUUGAUGAAUACUGUCAAAAAACAUAUUAUUAUAUGACAUGGAACAUGAAAGGGUUCACCACAUCUCAUUACUGGUGGGAGAGCUGAAGGCCAAAGUUUGUAUGAAAAACAAGUUAUAAUUUAUAACUGAAAAGCACAGUGACAAAAGCAGGAAAAAGCAACAAGUUUAACAAUUGAUUAUGUUUCUGGUUCACAGAUGGCAAAAGUGAGCAAAAUAUCCCUUCUAGAGUUUGUGUGAGAUAAAUAGCUAUUGUCAUUGAUCACAAGUCACAAUGAAAAAUAAAGAAGCUGGUAAUAAUUA